AGCAAGGAAACUGAUUGAUAGCCAUUUUGAAGAGCCUUUUGUUAGUGUUUUGUGGAUGUUUUCAUUAAAUUUAAUACGAUUUUUAAAUUUAGAUAAACUAAAAAAUUAAAGACAAAGUUACAUAAACUAAGUAUAUCAUAAGAAUACGUGUUCUGUCACUGUAUUGUUUAUUAUGUGAAUGCGCAUUGUGUGAAAAAGGAACCGGAACAAAGUGUGCAAUAAUCAGUUUAAUUACAUAAAAAACUAUAUAAUUGUAGUGAUAAUCUAAGUGUUCUAUGGACAAUUUUGCUGACGUGAGACUAUAAUAUUAUUUACAUAGCGUGUAAAUAUUCACAACGUAAAUCGGGAUUGCCACAAGAUGGCCGCCGUCGAAUGCCCGCUCCGCCAAAACUCGCUCGCGAGGCUCGAUGUGUCAUCCAUUAUCGAGUGUGAAGUGACCAUGCUCUAAACUGGCGUCUCGCGUCGCGGCCGAAUCCACCGGUCGCACCCGGCGAGGUUCCAUUCUGUAAAAUGGAAUUUCGCUCUGGGCGCCAAAAUACGAUGGGUGUUGACACAUCUUUUACUACGAUUUCGUACCGUUAUUUUGACGGCCGCGCUAAAUAAUUGUCAAAAAUGACCGAGCCGGACGACGUUAGCAAAGAAGUGUGGAAGCGAUGGAUUCUUGAGGCUAUACAUAAGAUACGGUCGCAGAAACAGAGGCCGAGCGUGGAGAGGAUAUGCCAUGCGAUCAGGCAGCAUCACAACUAUCAUGAGGACGUGGUUUCGGAGCGUUUGGAGCGGGCGGUUCGCGAGGGUGCUGUCCUGAAGGUGUACAACAAGGGUCAGAGCUCGUACAAGGAUCCGGGAGGUUUGCAAAACAAAAUUCUGAAAAUUUCUGCCGACUCCGAUCUUUCGAGGGCCGUAGCGAAAGCUGUGAGGGAGCUGGGAGAACGAGAUGGUUCCAGCUUAAAGACUAUCGAAAAACAUUUGCGGCAAGCUUACCAAGUGAAUGUAGAUGUAAAUGUGGAUGUUCGGAAUAUAUUGAGAUCGGCAGCCAAGCGGGCUGUGACUCGGGGGCUGCUGGUUCACCACGCGGGUAAUUACAAAGCUACUGACCGUCCCUUGACUGCUACUGAUAGGAUAAGUAAGAUAAGAAAAUCCCAGGAGUCACCAGAGGAUGCAGCGCAACAGAACCUAGGUGGAGUGCCGGUGUGUACGGAAUGCCUGGGCACUGAUGCUAAGAACCGACUCGGUGCUGCUGAAGCUCUCAUUUGUUGCUGCCAGUGCAAGUCUUAUGCGCAUCCGACGUGUCUUAAUCUAUUGGAAUACGUAACAUUAUCUACCUUAAAGAACACUCGCUGGUCGUGCGGCGAGUGCUGCGCGUGCGCGGAGUGCGGCGCGCGCGAGUCCUGGGCGGCGCGCUGCGGCGGCGCGUGCGGUCGAGCCGCGCACCCCCACUGUCGCAGCCCACCCUGGCGGUGCGACGCCUGCCACGUGGCCACGCCUCAACCCCACAGGACCACGAUGGGUGGAACCCCAAAGAAGCGGAAAACCAAAACCCCUGCGCGGCGGCUAGACUCCGACGACGAGCCCUCCGAUGGUAAUUCACCGUUGAUACGCCUUCCGUCCGAACAGAGAAUGUCCAAGGAGAAGCAAAAGUUUUUCAGAUUUUCGGCGUUCAACCUGGUGAAGCGGCGGCGGCGCUCGGCCGAGUGGGACGGCUGGGGCGGCGUCAGCGUCACGCGCGUGCAGCGCCUCGAGUUGCGCCUCGACACGCGACUAGACGCGCGACUCGACACGCGACUCGACACGCGACUCCACUCGCGACUCGACAAACGACUCGACUCGCGACUCGACGCCUGCCUCGAUACGCGCUUAGACGAGCGGUUCGACGCGCGUCUCGACUCGCGACUCGACGCGGAAUACGAAACGCGAUUCGAUGCGCGCCGCGACUCUCCCGACGAGGAAUCCUCGGACCGAUCCUCGGACGCGGAGCCGACGCCGCACAUACCUACCGUCUUCGAGCGCCUCGCGGGCGACGGCGGCGAUGGCGGAGCCUGGGGGUUCGCGGCCGAGGCCCAGAAGAAGCCGCUUAUGGAACCGCGAACCGAGCCGACCCAGGACCGAAAGCGUAGAAGACGAAGCACCUGUGGCGACAGACUCCUCACCACGCUGUUCGAUGGCCUCUCCGAGUUCUACUCGGUGAGCAGCGCGUCCAGAUCGCAAGCGAGAUCCCGGCCCUCCAACUCCAAACACCAAACUCGCCAAACCGAGACCGAAAGGGGCGAACCGUUCAAGGAGACUCGGAGCACUUUCAAGAGGUACCAGGAGACGCUGAGAAAGAAAGAGACGAGGAGGGAGGACAGGGAUAGCAAGCGAGAAGCGCACCGGGAAAAGACGCCUCGCGACAGGGAAUCCAGUUGGGAGACGAAAGAAAGAGAUCCUAAUCCGGAAAACAGAGGGUCCAAGUGGAAAUUGUUUGGAGAAAAAACACAGCCUCGUGAAAAUAUUUUCAAGCAGAGAGAGUCCGAUUGGGAAAGUCUAAAAAGUAGAGAACCACAGGAAAUCAAGUGGAACACUCUUAGAAAAAAUGAUUACAGAUGCGACCUGCCUCUGGUCGUAGGUCCCCGUCGAGAUAUUGGAAGAGAGGAAACCUUUGAGACGCAAAAUAAGGAAUCCAAUAUGUCCAGGGACAAAGGAGGUAAAUUUGAAGCACGAAAAAGACGAGAAUCCCAAAUGGAUAGGGAGAAGCCCAGAGUGAAGAGUUUCAGAGACGAGGCACCAAAGAUUAAAGAAUCCUAUAUAAGAGACAGAGCAGAAAGCUUUAGAGAUUGCUACUCCAAGACGUUUAAAGAGCGGGAACCCCGAGAGAGUUACAGAGAUAGCCAGCGAGGCAUUUCCCAAAUGAGAGAAGUCCAAGAGGGCUUUAGACAUAGCCGGAGAGAUUCUCAGACGGAUGUCCGACAGAGUUUCAGAGACGCCCAAGAGAACCUGCGAGGGAACUCUCAGACAAGAGAGGCACAGAAUUUCGGAUGGCCCGGGGCGGGAGGCGGCCUGAGCGCGUCGCAACUGGUGCGCGUGGCGGCGGCCGGGCGCUCCGCCCCCGACGACAAGCCGGCGCGUGCGCUCGCUCUGGCGUCGCCGCCCACACUGACGGAUUGCAAGAGGUUGCCGCCUGGUGUGACGGAGGCUGACGCGGAGCUGUUCGCGCAGGCGCUGGCGGCGAGCACGGGGGCGGAGCCCGAGCCGGUCGCGGGGACUCCGGGGCCGGGCCCGCCUCCCGCCCGCUGUCCCUCUGCCAUCGAGUUCGGCCAGUGGGAGAUCGAGACCUGGUAUUCGAGUCCGUUCCCGCAGGAAUACGCGAGGCUCCCGAAGCUUUUCCUGUGCGAGUUUUGUCUGAAGUACGCGAAAAGUCGCGCCGUGCUGAUGCGACACCUCGACAAGUGCCUGUGGCGCCAUCCACCCGCCACGGAGAUCUACAGGUGCGGCGAGAUCUCAGUGUUCGAGGUCGACGGGAACGCCAACAAGAUCUACUGUCAGAAUCUCUGCCUACUCGCCAAGCUGUUCCUCGACCACAAGACUCUUUACUACGACGUGGAACCCUUCCUGUUCUAUGUUCUCACCAAAAAUGACAGCAAAGGAUGCCAUCUCGUCGGAUAUUUCUCGAAGGAGAAGCACUGUCAGCAGAAGUACAACGUGUCGUGCAUAAUGACCAUGCCACAGUACCAGCGGCAGGGUUUCGGGAGAUUCCUCAUCCAUUUCAGUUAUCUGUUGUCUAAGGAGGAGGGCCAGCCGGGUACGCCGGAGAAACCGCUAUCUGAUCUGGGACGAGUGUCUUAUCAUGCGUAUUGGAAGUCUGUGAUUUUAGAAUUUUUGUAUGAUUAUAGAGAUAAACCUUUUACGUUCGAGGAUAUCGCUUUCACGACGGGCAUGCACAUGAACGACAUCGCUGUGACGUUUCAGCUGCUCGGAUUUGUCAGGUAUAUACCGAACGAUGAUACCGUUAAAUUAGGAAUUUGCGUCGACUGGAAUAGAGUCGAAAAUCACAUGAAGAAAGUCCGAAGUAAACCUCGACUGGAGAUAGAUCCCGAAUGUUUGAGAUGGACGCCGCUUCUGGCGCCGACGGUCAACCCGUUCAGAUCGCCAGAAGAGGGAUCCGCGGACCAAGAAACUGAAAAUGACGAACAAAAAACUGAGAGUGAAAACACCGAAACCGAGCCUGAUACGGCAGAGAAGGAGGAACCGGCCAAAAGUGUUGAAAAACAAAUGCCAGAAGCUCCCGUUGAGGUGACAUCCUCGGGUAGAAGACGAACUCGCCCAUUGAAAUAUAGUGAAACCACCUAUCAGACCAGUGUGACGCCCAAUGAUAACACUCGAAAAAGGAAACGAGAAACAAAAGUUUCAGAAAGCAUCGAUGAAGAUAAAAAUGAGGACGCGACUAUGAGUCGAAGAAGUAAAAGUGUAUCUCGCCGGCCUUUGAGAGGCGCUAACGUAGAGGGUGAGCAGAAAUCUGUUAGGAGUAGAAGACAAAGUGUCAAGGAUCUCAAUUAUGCUUCAGAUAGCCAAGAAAGUCAGGAUAGUACUGAUGUUAGAAUAGAAACUACUCCCACUGCUAACGCUGUCAAAGGUAAAACAAAGAGAAAACUAGCUUGGAGAGGAAGACAAACAAAGAAACAGAGGGGCAAAAAGCCAAGUAGAGCUGUUUCACCACCGGCUAAAAAAGCUAAAGCUAACACAGAUAUUGAUGUGUAUGAAUAUAAAGGAGAGGAUUCAACAGAUCAGCCAUCUGAAGACAUGUCUGCCGACGCUCCCGAAAGUGAGAAAAAUAUUGCAGAUCAAGAUGACAAAGUGGAAGAAAAGGCUAAGAAAACUGAUGAAAGCUCUGAAGAUUCAUCAGGAGAGGCGGACGAUGAAAUGGAUGUAGAAGACGGUGAAGAUAAAAAGAGUGUUGAAAGCAAACCCGCCACACCUAGACCCAUCGAAGAGAACAGUACAGAUAAUCACACAAGCGAUAUGGAACUUGAUAGUAUUAACAUGGAUUCGCCUAAAUCAAUUGUCGAUAAGGAAAAAGAUCUUAAAGAAGCAACAAAGGCUGCAAACACGAUAGAAAAUGAGAAGGAAGAAAAAACAACUAAUGAUGACCAAGUUACAGAAAACGAUACAGCUAAAGAUGCAACUGAACCAGCGUCGGAAUCAAAAAACAGUGAAAUGAAAUCACCUGAAAAAACUGUGAUUGAGGAUAAAGACACUAUAGUUAUAUCAGAGUCUGAUGAUAACAACAGUCAAAGUUGUCCGCUACCGUCGCCGAAACCAGACAACGUUCCGCCCUCCGAUCAACCAGCUGCUCAAAAUCCGGUGAGCCCAACUAAGAUAGUCCCUGUGGUUUCGACUGAGAAUUCUCAUAUAGUUUUAGAUGCAAAAAUACAAGGAGAAAUCAGCAUCAGACCACCAGUUGAUCUCAUCGUACCGAGAAUACAUCCAAUUGAAACAAUAGUUGUGGAAGGCGAGUCGGAUAAUCCAAAUUCACCAGCAACAAAUAUUUCACCCAAGAAAAACGAUGUAUCAGUGAUAAGCGAGUCACCGAAGCAAAAGAAAUCUCCAGAAAAACCUGCAGAAGCAUCAAGUGAGCAGAAGAAAAUUGAAGUACGAAAAGAAACUGUCAUACAACACCAGACAAAUGAGGAGUCCAAAGAUAAGAAGUCGCCAAAUAAAAUUGAAACAAUCGUACAUUCUAUGGACACGAAUCGCGACUUUACAAACAGUAUGAAAAGACCCGAUGCUCCUAAAAUAGAUUCAUAUCCAGAUCAAGAUAGACGACAGCAAAACCCAGAUACGGGCAGAGAAUGUGAUAUAAAUUUUAGAAACGACAUAUCACAGUUACGGAAAGAUGAUGUAGUAGUUAGUAGAAGCGUAACCGAAAACCCUUUACAAAAUUUUCCGACGACCGUCAAUUCCAUGACCAUUCAACCAAUCAAUCCCAUACAACAUCCCUUUCUGAACACCAGACCUGUCGUUAGCAAAGAAUCGCAGGGUGUUCAAACUGAAAACAAAUAUAGCAAUAAAAACAUCAGCGAAUCCAGUAGAAUCAUUAACAGUAUAAUAGACGCGCCAGUCGUAACCAAAACGAUGACUAAAUUAGAAAUACCUCACCCGAUAACUUCGCCCGUUAUUAACGCCGUCAUUCCCAAAGUGCCCAACGUUACCGAUAUAAAUUAUCUACCGAGAUGUCAGAGCGCGAAUGCGGCCAUGAACUUGGGCAUGGAGCGGCCCGAUUUGGAGACGAAUUUUGCAAACAACUUACAAAACUCGCUGGGCUCUAUGAGUAUCGUCGCCCAUGGCUCGAUGGAUCACUUGAACAAACUAGAUCCCAAUCAGAAACCUCGUGAGAAAAGCAAGCUGAGAGACGUGAGAGUGAAUUCCGCGCACAGCAAAGUCGAAAAACCCGAUAAGAAGUCAAAAAACGAGACGCCCAGGGCGACGCCGGAGCCCAAGAUGUUUUUUCCAGAGCAAGGUGCAAACGCAAGGAAACCAGAAAUAUCUGUCCCAAUAAACGUGAUCAACACCACGACGGUCACGAGCAAAGCGGACACGAAGUCCAGCGAGGCCCCGAAGAAGCAAGAUUUUUUUAAGAAGGAGAAAUCGAACGCGGGAAAGUGCGAGUCCAAGAACACGACGCAGAAGCACGACAAGGGGUGCUCGGGGCAGCUGAGCCUCAAGCCCGACCAGAGCGACAUCAACAAGAUGCUGCCGAAGUUUAAAUACGAUGCCGAGCUCCCCAAGAACGAUUACACCAUGAACCAGAUACAGAACUUUCACACCACCCACGCCCAGUACGCGCAGUGGCCGAUGGCGCAGUGGGACCCCACGCGGCUGCAGGGCACCUGGGACCACAACAGGUUCCUCGACAUUAAGAACAACGACAAGAACUACCUGGAAAAGUAUCAGGGGUUCAACCUGCCGCACCUCGAACAGAAGUCGCCGCAGAAGCUGCACCCCAAGUACGACCAGAAGGACUUUCACAACAUAACGUACGGGGCGCUGCCGGGCGGGAUCUACCCGGGGGCCCCGCUGCCCCACUUCAAGGAGACCAAGACCCCUACGUCAAAGUCGGACUGCACUCAGAAGGCCGAGAUGAAGAAGCAGUCGAAGACGACGACGGCGUGUCAGACGCAGUGCGACAAGAAGGCGCAGAUGAUGCGGCAGAGCAAGGAGUGCGAGUACCGCCCCCCGCAGCCCAGCCCGCAGCUCCACACCGCGCCCACCUGCAAGACGCCCUUCAACCAGAACGGACCCUGCACGCAGGAGAAGGUGGACAUCGAGAAGAAAUCUCGUCAGCAGUCCAAGAAAGAUGAAUCUCCAAAAGACAGCAACAAGGAGGAGAUGUGUGAAUCGGUCAGUCCGGCUCUGCAGUCCAUGGGGGUUUACACUCCGGACUCGACGAGCAACUCAGUCCACUCGGUGCAGUACGGGGCCUGCGAGCUGGAUGUCAGUCAGCUGGGCCUGGAGUCCCCGACCAGCAUCGGCUCAGACCUGGCCUCACCAUGCUCCAUGAUGCACAUGCACGCGGCCCCAAGCCCGCAGUACCCUCACUCAUCGAUACACAUACCUUCCAUCAUGAGUCAACCGAACCAACCUAAGCAGCAGAAAAUUAAUAAUCGGAAUAGGAACAGCAACGCGAGCGGCGGCGAGAGCAAGUCAAUGCGCAGCGCCGCGACGCCGCCAGCGCGCCAGCGGGCCACGCCCCCCGCACACCACGCCCAUGGCGGCGCGGUCAUGCAGGGUGGCGGUGUGGGCGUGGGCGUGGGCGGCGGCUACCAGGGCGGGUACCUGUCGUUCCAGCAGCAGCAGCAGUACCACGCGGGCUGGGCGCCGUCCUGCUCGCUCGCCAAACUCCAGCAGAUGGCUGAUGCGCCGCAGCACCCGCCGCAUACGCCGCCCGCGCAGUAUGGACAGCAAUCGGCGACGCCUCCCGCGGGCCACUACCACGCUACCAAGUAUUACGCGCCCGCUCAUAACCAACUAGAGUCACCGCGCAACACGAGAAACGCUACAAGCAACCUGAGCCCCAUGCAGCACGUGCAGAUGGGCCCCGGGUCGCGCAUGUCGCCCAACCUGAUCGGCGGUAACACGCACCUGAUCGGCGGGUACGGGCUGAACGGGUACCGCGUCCCGCAGCAGCAGUUCAAUACGGUGCCCAUGAUGAACGUCAACCCGCCCGUCCAGUACCCCGCGGAGCGCGCGCAGCAGCCCAACGUCUACUACGGCUACAUUAACCCCCCGCUGGCCAUGCAGCCCCUCAACUCCACGCGCCGGUAGCCCCCCCGCGGGCCGCGGCCCCCCGGCCCGCCCGCGACAUAGACCCCCCGCGACCCGCGACUCCCCGCCUUCAUCGGUCCAAUUCGGUAGUGAAUUCACGAGUGCUCUACAAUGUGAUGGGGAAAACACUUAAGAUCGCCCGGGUGAGCCCAACUUAAGUACAUCUUAAGCUCGCAUAUCACAGACAGCUCGUAUAAAAUAGUAUUGUUGUUUAGUUAAGGCAUAGUACAAAUAAUAUGAACGCUUGGGUCGUCUGUAAAUAUAUAGACCGUUAUGUAUAACACUUGAGUUGCCUUAUCCCGACACAAACGUAACCUCAUUACUUAUGUUCGUCUACGGCAGCUUCACCCUGUAUAUCGAGUAUUAGUAGGAAGCUGAAUAAAGUACAAAAUUACAGAUAAAGUGUAAGUAAUGUAUAGUAUACACACGAGGGGGUAGGAUAUCGGUGUAAGUCUAGUGCAAUAAGUGUCGGUGUUAGUGUAGUGCUCCGGGUUCAGUUCCAUGACUGUGAUAAUCCUCGAAUGGACAGCAUGACGUCGAGUUGGGUCACGAUUCUCCAAAGAAACAAAAUUAAAUUUUAAGUGUCAAUCACAAGAGUGCAAUCAUUGGUACAUCAUCCGCUAUACGGAACAUUGAACGUUAUGUGUAUAUCCUGGUGUGUAUAUGUCUCGUGUACAGUCCACGUGUAAUUACGGUUAUUGAUAAGUUUUGUUUUGACCUGUUCUCGGAAGUGCCUCUGUCAUCUCAUAAUAUGCUUAUUUUCGUGUAAAAUAUUGUAAAUGUCCGCUUCACCUAACACAAGGCUGUAUAAAUAGGAUUUGUAUAUUGGUAACAUUGGAUUCAUCAAUGUGAUAGUAUUAACGUUUAACUCUGUCCGUACGUGACUAGAACAGGCCUAACGGUUUCAUUUUUAUAUUUUGAUUUUAUAUUACGUAAGUUUUAAGUUUAUUACUUUUAGAGCUUCGUACAUAAGAAUUAUUUCCGUGUUAUCCUCGUUAAUUUAUUGCCAAAUGUUAUUAACAUGUAUUUUGGAAUAGACGUAAUUAUUUUUAAGUUAGUGGUGUUGAGGUUGUAUCGGCAGUGCAACAAGUUAGUGUAGCUCUUAUAAAGAUAUAUUUAUUGACAAAAUUCCAGUUUUAGUUGUAGAAAAAAUAUUGAUAAAAGCCAAGCUUAUUAUUUAU